AUGAAAGGUCUGGUUGCACUCAUUACCGGUGGUGCAUCAGGUUUAGGCCUUGCGUGUGCUAAACGAUUUACACAACAAGGUGCACGUGUUAUUAUAUGUGAUUUGCCAACAUCUAAAGGAAACGAAAUCGUUGAAAAAUGGGAUUCAAUAUCGAACGCCCCAGCACAAGAUCCUGAUGAAAAUUCACAUCAAAGCGGGCAACCUGUUGCUGGAAAUGCUGGAAAAUCGAAAACUUCAACUAUGCAACUACAACCUCCGGCUUUCUUUCCGGUUGAUGUAACCAAUGAGCAACAAAUACAAGAUAUGUUUAAUCAAAUUAAAGGAAAAUAUAAUCGUCUUGAUGCUGUACUCAACUGUGCUGGUAUUGGUGUUGCUUUUCGAACCUAUAAUAUAAAUAAACGUUCGAUGCAUGGUUUUGAUGAAUUUAAACGUGUUAUUAAUGUAAAUGCUGGCGGUACAUUCAAUGUUAUCCGUUGGGCUUGUCAUGUUAUGGCUGACAAUCAACCUGAUCUUCAAGGACAGCGCGGAGUUAUUAUCAAUACAGCAUCUGUUGCCGCCUAUGAAGGUCAAAUUGGACAAGUAGCAUACGCAGCAUCGAAAGGUGCAAUUGUAUCAAUGACGUUACCGUUAGCACGUGACUUAUCCAAUAUGGGUAUACGAGUUUGCGCCAUAGCUCCUGGUGUUUUUCAUACACCAAUGCUGGCGUCCUUACCUUCAAAAGUUCGAACGUUAUUGGGUAAUAUGGUUCCAUUUCCUGCACGGCUUGGAAAUUCAGAUGAUUACGCUCAUUUAGCACAAGCAAUUAUUGAAAACCCUUAUCUUAACGGUGAAGUUAUUCGUUUAGAUGGAGCACUUCGUAUGCCCCCUUAA